AUGGAAUUGAGGAAUGCCAUCGUAGACAAACAGGCUGCGAGCGAUGAAACAACCACAGUACAUCUGAAACCAACGCUACACCAGCUCUGUGCUCCCAGGACAAAGGAGAAGUCAGUCCGAGAUACAGAAAUGGCAUCUCUGGCUGGGAUCUCUGGCUCCUGGCUAACGGAUGGGGAGAUGUUGCACUUCGGCCGCUCUCCAGAAGCAGACAGCGGAGGAGAAUGGGCUUUAAAUGUGGAGACCCGGCUGGGGUGGAACGGCUGA